GGGCCGGGCGGGACACCUGCACAGGCUGGUGGCUGCAGCACCCGGCGUGCGGCGCGGGUAGCUUCCAGCUCGGAGGAGCUCGGCAGGUGUCCUGGAACCCUGAUGGCAAACUUCAAGGGCCAUGCUGUCCCAGGGAGCUUCUUCUUGAUAACUGGACUAUGGUGGUCAGUGAAGUAUCCACUGAAGUACUUUCACCAAAAGGGGAAAAGCAGCAAACUGGCCCAUUAUUCUCAGCGUGUUGAGAUCAUUGAAGCUGCAAUCAGAACUUUGUUUUCAGUCAUUGGCAUCCUGGGAGAGCAGUUUGUCCCAGAUGGGCCCCACCUGCACCUGACACAUGAAAACCACUGGGUGAAGCUGAUGAACUGGCAGCACUGCACCAUGUAUGUCUUCUUCAUGGCCUCAGGCAUCACCGACAUGCUCACCUGUCUGGUCACCCACGUGCCCCUGGGGGUGGACAGGCUAGUUAUGGCCAUGGCAGCAUUCACCCAAGGUUUUCUCUUGCACUACCACGUGCACAACCGACCACCACUGGACCAGCACAUCCACUCACUCCUGCUGUACAUUUUGUUCGGAGGAGGCUUCAGUGUUUUCUUGGAGGUGAUCCUUCGGGACAACAUUGUGCUGGAGCUUUUCCGAACCAGUCUCGUCAUUCUUGAGGGCACCUGGUUCUGGCAGAUUGGGUUUGUGCUGUUCCCACCUUUUGGAGCCUCCGAAUGGGACCAGAAGGAUGAUGCAAACAUCAUGUUCAUCACCAUGUGCUUCUGCUGGCACUACUUGACUGCCCUCUGCAUUACAGCCAUCAGCUACUCUCUUGUUUAUUGCCUUUUGAGUCGGUCAAAGAGGCACAAAGGAGAAAUCAUUGGGAUUCAGAAGCUAAAAUCAGAUCACACUUACCAGGCGGCCCUCCUGAGUGGCUCAGAUGAGGAAUGAGCAGAGGCCACCAGUCAUGUCCGUUUGGCCACAAACAGCUUGAGUGCAAAGCUGUAAUUCAUCUCCGUCCUAAUGCUUGUUUUGGUCUGCUCUCAAGGUUCUGUACAUUUACUUGACUCAUUCAAUUGACUAAAGGCUGGGUUGGUGUUGUAUCUGUCAUAAAGAAAAAUGAAGCCAGCCUUUGUGUCCCAGUGUGAAGAGAAAUCAAGAGACUCACAGUUUCAGGAUAGGAAAUGGUCUCAUGUAUGAAUCCAGCAGAACUGACUGCUUUGGAUGACUUACUCCCUUUUCUCUCAAGAAAGCAGGUAUUUCUUAUCAGAAAGUAAGUGAAUGACAGUGCCUUUAUUUUAGAGACACAAUUCUAACAUGUAUUUUUUAAAAGUAAAAUAAUUUGCAAGCUUUGGUGUUUCAAAUAUUACCUGUUAAACGUCUCAUAAUUAAUCAAAAUAUUCCAGAGUACUGUACUACCUCAGUGGGUAAGUGAUGAGGUUGGACCAAAGGUGACUUUUUUUUUUUAAUCAGGAAACUAUUAGUGGCCCAGCUGUGACCUAGAACUCAGAUGUUUUGGCUCCUCUUACCCUACUAAAAAGAUACUGACAGGAAAUAUGAAUAGCAAGGUAGAGAAAUGUGGAAAGCUUUGAAUUUAGAUACAACUGAAAGCAGAGGAUAAGAAUCCUGCAAAGACAUGAAUCUGGAAGUAGUAAUAUAAAGUCUUGAUACUCUUUUUUGUCUUAGUUCUGGAUCUGUUUUUUCUUCAAACUUCCUUCAACAAAUAUUUAUUAAAAAUCUACUUUGCAGCAGCA